AAAAAAAAAUUGUUUCAAUCUCUUCUUUUGCUGCUUCUUCAUCUUCUUCUUCUCUCCGUUAAUCUCAUCGAUCUCUUCAAAAAAAACCCGAAGCUCUGAUCUGUUCAUAUUCCGAUUUCUCUCUGUAAUUUUAUCUCCAAGUCCCACCGGCGGCGAUGGUUUCCGAGUGAUUUUGGAUUCUUGUAUUUAGGUAACUGAAGAGCUUAGCUAAUGGCGCCUUCAAGGUCAAAGAAAUCCAAGUACAAGAAAACUCCCCGUGGUAAAGCUGUUUCUCCUCAAAAAGACGAAGAAAAUAUGAGUAAAACCAAACAACGGAAGAGGAAGUUGUCGGAUAUGUUAGGCCCUCAGUGGAGCAAGGAAGAGUUGGAGCGUUUUUAUGAAGGAUACCGCAAAUUUGGAAAAGAAUGGAAAAAGGUGGCUGCGUUUGUACAUAGCCGUUCUGCAGAAAUGGUAGAGGCUCUAUACACUAUGAAUAAGGCUUACUUGUCUCUUCCCGAAGGCACUGCUUCUGUGGUUGGCCUAAAUGCGAUGAUGACUGAUCACUACUCUGUUUUGCAUGGAGGAAGUGACAGUGAGCAGGAAAACAAUGAAGGCAUUGAAACUCCAAGGUCAGCCUCUAAGCGCUCUAGAGUAAAAUCCUCAGAUCAUCCCUCUGUAGGAUUAGAGGGUCUGUCUGACCGCUUGCAAUUCAGGUCUUCUUCAGGCUUCUUGCCAUCGCUGAAAAAGAGACGUACUGAGAAUGUGCCUCGUGCUGUUGGAAAAAGGACUCCUAGAAUUCCUAUCUCAUAUGCCAUUGAGAAGGAUACUAGGGAAAGAUAUUUAUCACCUGUUAAGAGGGGUCUAAGUCAGAAGGGGGAUGAUACUGAUGACGAUAUGGAACAUGAGAUUGCUGUAGCAUUAGCUGAGGCUUCGCGACGAGGUGGCUCUACAAAGAACUCCCACAUACCGAAUAAAAAAGCAAAGAUGUACCUCUCUGAUAAAAAGGGUGAAAGAAUGCGUGCCGAUAUUGACUUGGCGAUUGCCAAGCUUCGUGCCGGUGAUAUGGAAGAUGUUCGCUGUGAACCAAGCUUAGGAAGCACUGAAGCUGAUAAUGCGGAUUAUUCUGGAGGUAGAAAUGACUUGACGCAUGGAGAAGGUACUAGCGCCAUGGAAGUGCAGCAAAAAGGAAGAAAAUACUAUAGGAGGAGAUUAGGCAUUAAAAAAGAAGAUGCAAAAGAAGCCUGCAGUGGUACAGAUGAAGCACCAAGCUUAGGCGCCCUCGAUGAGAAAUUUGAACCAGAAAGGGAUGAGAAGUCUUUGAAACUGACAUAUAAAUUUUCAAGGAGAAAAAGUAAAAAGAGUCUCUUUACUGCAGAUGAAGACACAGCAUGUGAUGCUCUCCAGACGCUGGCAGAUCUGUCGCUGAUGAUGCCUGAAACUGCCACGGAUACUGAGUCAUCUGUUCAAGUUGAGGAAAAUCGAGCUGGAAAAGCUUUUGUGUCAGAUUUUAAAGGGACUGAUCCAGCAUCAAUGUCUAAAAGUAGUUCUCUUAGAAACUCCAAACAGAGAAGAUUAGGCAGCAAUGAUCUUUGUAAUACUGAAACUGAGAGAAAGAGUCCUAGUAGCUCUUUAAUCCGAAAGAGACGGCAGAUAACAUCACCAACUAAGGUUACCAAAGAUGAGCUUGCUGCAACUUUACAAGUCGUAGAGCCUUGCAAUAACAAGGGAAUAGGUGAGGUAAAUAAGCCUGUUGGGAGAGGUAAACGGUCUGCAGGUAUUCGAAACUCACAUGAAAAGAAGCCUGUUAAACCUCAGGAUCGUACUCCCUCAAGUAACAACAUAGUAGAAGAAGAUGAGUUAGCUCCAUCGAAUGCAGUCAUAAAAAAACAAGUUAACUUGCCAACUAAAGUUAGGAGCAGAAGAAAGAUAGUACCUGAGAAACCUCUAACUAUGGGUGACUGGAAAAAUUCUGAGACUCUAGAGAAGUUUUCGCAUUGCAUAUCUAGUUUCCGAGCACGAAGAUGGUGUCUUUUUGAGUGGUUCUACAGUGCAAUUGACUAUCCAUGGUUUGCCAGACAAGAGUUUGUUGAGUAUUUGGAUCAUGUAGGGUUGGGCCAUGUUCCUAGAUUAACUCGCGUUGAAUGGGGUGUCAUAAGGAGUUCUCUUGGGAAACCGAGGCGAUUUUCUCAACAGUUUUUGAAGGAGGAGAAAGAAAAGCUAUAUCUAUACAGGGACUCUGUAAGAAAACAUUAUGAUGAACUAAACAAGGGCAUGAGGGAAGGACUUCCAAUGGAUCUGGCUCGGCCUCUAAAUGUUUCACAGAGAGUCAUUUCCGUGCAUCCAAAGUCGAGAGAGAUUCAUGACGGCAGUGUCCUAACUGUUGAUCACUCUAGGUACCGGAUUCAGUUUGACAACCCUGAAUUAGGGGUGGAAUUUGUUAAGGAUACUGAAUGCAUGCCACUGAAUCCUCUAGAAAACAUGCCAGCAUCACUUGCAAAGCACUAUGCUUUCUCAAACUAUAACAUUCAGAAUUCUAGUGAGGAGAAAAUGCAAGAGCGGGUAAAGGAAAGCACGCCGGAAGGAUAUCUCAAACUUUCGUGUGAGACAGGCCAUCUCUUAAACUCCCCAAAUUUUAACAUUAGCAAUUCACUAAAGCAGGAGAAGGUAGAUAUCUCAAGUUCAAAUCCACAAGCUCAAGAUGGAGUCGACGAGGCUCUUGAUUUACAAUCGUUGAAUCCUCAGCCUUCAACUAUUGGACAUAUCCAGGCAAGAGAAGCUGAUGUCAAAGCUCUCUCUGAACUAACACGUGCGCUUGACAAGAAGGAGCUAGUUUUGAGGGAGCUAAAGUGCAUGAACAACGAGGUUGUGGAAAGUCAGAAAGAUGGACAUAGUGCUCCAAAGGAUUCUGAAUCUUUUAAGAAACAAUAUGCAGCAGUUCUCUUUCAGCUAAGCGAAAUCAAUGCGCAGGUUUCAUUGGCACUUCUUGGCUUGAGGCAACGGAAUACUUACCAAGAGAAUGUACCAUAUGCAUCUAUAAGACACAUGAGUAAAUCAGGGGAACCUGAUGACCAGUUGACCUACGUAGACAGUUACGCAUCUGAAACCAACGGAUUCCAUGUGUCUGAGAUCGUCGAAAGUUCUAGAAUAAAAGCACGGAAAAUGGUAUACAGAGCUGUACAGGCGUUGGCGUCACUGAGGAAAGACAAAAACAAUGUUGUAAAUAUGGAAGAAGCCAUUGAUUUUGUAAAUAAUCAGCUUUCUAUAGAUCAAACAGAAGGUCCAUCAGUCCACCAAAGACAAGGUGCCCAGGAUCAGCGUCUUCCCUCUACACCAAAUCCACCUAGCUCAACUCCUGCCAAUGAUUCCCAUCAAAACCCACCCGACCAAAAUGACCUACAAAUCCCAUCUGAACUUGUUUCACGCUGUAUGGCUACAUUGCUUAUGAUACAGAAAUGUACGGAGAGGCAAUUCCCACCAAGUGAAGUUGCCCAGGUUCUAGACUCGGCGGUGGCGAGUUUACAGCCUUGCUGCUCGCAGAACCUUCCGAUCUAUACAGAGAUUCAGAAGUGCAUGGGAAUCAUAAGAAACCAGAUUCUUGCCCUCGUACCCUCCUAAAGUAAUAAAAUCCUAAAACCAUAACUUAACCUCUGUCUCUUCAAUGAUGCUUGUUUCUCCUGUAAAAUCCGUAUUUCCUUAUAGAAAAUUCGUUUAGUAUACCUCA